AUGAGACCGGCCGUCCUUCUACUAGCCCUGGCGCCGGUCGUUAUCGCCGGUCAACAACCACGCGCCCUCGAUAGCUCUUCCGACCUAACACGCCGCGCUCAAGCCGCAACAAUACCGAACAUUGUCGCUCGAGAACAGCUUCUUCCCCUCGCAGACUCGGAACAUUCAAAUAUUAGUCAACUGGGUACACGCAAUGUACUUCAAGCGCGCAGUGAAGGCUCUCUGGGUCAGACACCGUGGAUUGGAAUGGCAAUCGGGUUAACCUGUACAGCUCUAGCAGCCGCGAUGCUAGGGUAA